GUCCAAAAUGCGCGUGCUAUUGGCCUUCGGCGCCCGAAUGGGGGACGGGAGAUGCAGUAAAGCCGCCGCAAUUCACUGAGGGCUGUUAGCAUGCCACUUACACGAGCAGGAGCACAGGAGACUGUCUCCAGAGACCUUGGGAGUGCUUCAAGAAGGAGCUACCUACGCCAUUCCGAGAACCAUGCUACAAUGGGACAAGACACUGCUCCGUCGAAGCGCUCACGCUCCUUUCAUGCCCACACGAUGCAUCCCCAAGCUGCCCAAAGCAUGAACAUACCUGCACCAACGAUCCCGCCUUUCCUGUGCUGCCUGACCGAUACAAAGAGCACGCUGGACAGACAGGCUCUCCAUAUCAGCCCCAUCUGGAAGUGCCUAAGCCAGAUAUAACACCUCACCGGAUCCUGUCGACGGUACGGGCGGUAGCAUGGUCGGAGCGAGGCGUUGAGUGCUCUGUCAAGGAGGAGUAUGACGCUUUGCAAGAUUCCAAUGCACAGGACGAGAUUCCGAAAUAUAGAGCGCGGAGGUCUCAUAUUCGUGUGCCG